AACGUGUGUCCUGUCGGCGCCGCCACGUCCCUCAAAACAGCCAGGUGGAUAUCGUACGGCUAGAAAGGAGGCCGGCGAGGGAAGCCCAAAAAGGUCAAAAGACACUCCGCUCCUCACGUGACCCCGGGCAGCCUCGCCACGUUACUCACGGCAACCUUAACGGUCGGCAAACCCAACCACAGGUCGCCACGCCACUUUCAUGGCGUAAGUUAGUCGUCGGGCAGCUUGAACGGGUUGGAUAAAAAGUGUGUUGGGGGGUUGCUGAACUGCUAAGGUCCCUACUUUACUCUCUCUCUCUCUCUCUCUCUCUCUCUCUCUCUCUCUCUCUCUAUUUUGAAUUUUCUGGUUCUCCCUAAAUAUUGGAGACGCCGUUCUGUCUUCUGUAAUUUUCCCUUCGUGGGGAUUAUUGCUGUAAGAUUUUGGGUUGUUUGGGGGCUGGGAAAAUUUUCAGAAAUGGAUGACGAGUUUGCAAAGCUUAUCAUGAGGAUGUACCCACCCAGAGUUGUCAUCGACAAUGAUGCUUGCAAAGAUGCCACUGUUAUUCAGGUUGAUAGUGUUAAGAAACAUGGAGUUCUCCUUGAUGUUGUCCAAGUUCUCACUGAUAUGAACCUUGUUAUAACAAAAGCAUACAUCUCUUCUGAUGGUGGAUGGUUUAUGGAUGUGUUUAAUGUGAUUGACCAUGAUGGGAACAAAAUUAGGGAUAAAGAGGUCAUCGAUUAUAUUCAGAAGGCUAUUGAAGGUGAUGCCUGCUUUAUACCCGCAUUGAAAGGAUCCGUUGGGGUGGUGCCCUCUGAAGAGUACACGUCAAUUGAAUUGACGGGGACCGAUAGGCCUGGUUUGUUGUCCGAAGUAUGUGCAGUUCUUGCAGACCUUCAUUGUAAUGUGGUGAAUGCUGAGAUAUGGACACACAAUGCUAGAGCAGCAGCUGUGGUUAACGUCACAGAUGAUUCCACAGGCUGUGCAAUAAAAGACCUGAAACAGCUCUCAACAAUAAAAAAGUUGCUUUGCAAUGUUCUUCAAGGAAACAAUGACUUGAAGACAGCAAAAAUGACAGUUUCACCCCCUGGGGUUACACACAGGGAGAGGAGGUUGCAUCAGAUCAUGUUUGCCGAUCGAGAUUAUGAAAGGGUUGAAAGACCAGAACUGGAGAGAGUUGAGGAUGAGAGCUCGAGGCCCCAUGUUACCAUAUUGGAUUGUUUUGAAAAAGAUUAUACUGUGAUUACUAUGAAGUCAAAAGAUCGGCCAAAGCUGCUGUUUGAUACUGUUUGCAAUCUUACAGAUAUGCAGUAUGUAGUCUUCCAUGGAAUGGUCAACACAGGGAGGACGGAAGCUUAUCAGGAAUACUACAUACGACAUGUCGAUGGGCUCCCCAUCAGCUCUGAUGCCGAACGAGAGCGUGUUGUACAAUGUCUUGAAGCAGCCAUUGAACGGAGAGCCUACGAGGGACUAGAGCUAGAAUUAUGCACAGAAGACCGCAUUGGACUCCUCUCAGACGUUACCAGGAUAUUCCGGGAGAACAGUUUGUCUAUUAAAGGUGCAGAAAUUUCGACAAAAGAUGGGAAAGCCAGAGACACAUUCUACGUCACAGAUCUCAUGGGAAACCCUGUUGAUCCCAAGGCUGUUGAUUCUAUUCAACGACAGAUUGGAGAGAGCAUACUGAAAGUGAAAUGGAACUCAAAUCAUUUGCCAGAAGCCCCUCAAGAGACAACAAUGGGUUUCCUCUUUGGGAACUUCUUCCGAGCUCGGACUUUUCAGAAUUUCAAACUGAUUGGAUCGUGCUCCUAGCUGUCUUCUGAUAUUGUUCACAGAAGUAGAUUAGAACAGAUACAUUAUGCUUCAACUCAAAGAAAGAACAAAAAACCAAUGUGUUGAAGAACAUUGUAAAUGGGUGUUUCCACUCUGAUGGGAAGAGUUUAGGGGUCAUAUCCUGAUACUCAUAAACAGAGACCAUUCCCUGUUGGAUAGAAGUUAUAAUAGGGAUUGGUCUGUGAAUAUAUCAGUAAACUGUGUACAGUGUAUCAGUAAAUUGUCAAUUGUGUACAGUGUAAUGUCAUGUUAUAUGACUUGUACAAAACCAUGAAAAGAUUGUACAGACAAUUGAUGUUUAUGAAAAGAAAAAACAGAAAGGGUGUAAAUAUUA